AUGUUUUCGCAGUGUUCGAUACCUGAAGUGAAAGAAGAGGUUGUUGGUACCGCUUUGCAGGAAAGGCGCGCCAAGAUUGGACAGUUUUUGGACCUGGGACCUCCAGAUCUAGUAACUUUGGUAAAAUAUAUCCCAUCUUCGAGCAAUAAUCAGGCCAACGGACAUACACAGGAGCACCAUGAGGCUGGACAAGAUAGGCCAGUAGAGCAACAACAACAGGCUGUUGCAGGAUUGCAUUCUAGUGAUAAAUUGAAGGGCGAAACUGGGACGUUUUUUUACUCUUUAGGUGUUGAUAGCUCUGAUCCAACUUCAAUUGCUAUAUUCCUCAAAAGUAUCGCCGACACCAUUGCCGAAGAGCCUCAGGCUUGGUUUGGAAAGACUAGAAAUUUUCAUGUGGCUCGUAUUUCGUUCUCUACGUGGAACGUUUUUCGUAAAUGUGAUGUUAAUGUUGUGGUUCAUAUCCCGGGGACCGUUCAGACUUUCGUAGUGGACUCUCAGGGUGAACAAUCUUUGAUUGCAGACGUACAUGAUUCGGAUUUGUUGUGGGCGGAAACAUUUUUCAGCGGUGUGGUUAGAUCUAUUGCGCUGAUGCAGGAUAAUAGAGAAGAGGGAGAAGUACAGAACGUUGUAGAGACUUUGAUUUUGAACCCAUUGACAUCGGGACAGUUGGACAGUGUUUCUGAUGUAUUUAUCAGCUUGUUCCCUCUCGUUUACACCAGAGGUGCAGAGCUCGGUGGACCUUGUUACGUUACCAACAUCACUCGCACCAACAAUUACCUCGUUCAGACACUUGUUGAAGUGGUGAGACUCACACGCAGUGUGGAUGCAUGUCGCGCGAUGUUGCAGCAGCUUGUGAAAGAACACCCGGAAGCUGUCGUUGUACUGGUUCGUGUGCUUUUAACUAACGAUCUCGAGAUAGAUGCCAUUGAGUUGGCACAGCAAGCGCUACUUGAAUUACAACAGGAUGCGCGUACGGCACCCGAUUCGGAUUGCAGAGCAGAGUUGUUGUGCCUGCAGGCGGAUUUCCUACUUAAAGUAAAGGGCGAUUACAAGCUCGCGCAACAGAUUGCACAAAUGGCAGUCAACUCUUCACCAAGUGAGUUCAGGCCAUGGUACCUACUCGCAGAGUCCUACAUCAAAUUGAAAGACGUCGAAAAUGCACUCUUGACUUUGAACGCUUGUCCCAUGACACCAUUGAAAGACAAGUAUGCUCUCAAGAGAGUCGCACCAAUUCCAACUGGUAACAGUCUACACUUGCCUCUACCGAUAGAUGCAGUAUACGAAGAAGUGAGCUCCUUGGAUCCACAGGAUAUUCAAAAGGAACACCAUGACGCAGAUCCGGCUUUGGCGAACCUCGCCGCUUCAAACCUAAAAUCUGUGUUCCAAUUGGCUUACAAACUUCUCUCAGAGAUAGUCCAGAUUACCGGCUGGGAGAAUUUGCUCAAGUACCGCUCCAAGAUCUUUGUAAUGGAGGAAGAAUACCAAGUGUCCACAGAUGAAGUCGACAAGACCGCUGGACCCGUAAAGAACAUACCGCCAACAUCACAACCGUCUUUGCAAAACGGCGACCGCAUCACCAAUAACUCCAAGCACUCCCUGCGGUCCAAGAGACUGUGCGAGAGAUGGUUGGAUAACCUGUUCAUGUUACUGUACGAAGACCUCAAGACCUACACACUAUGGCAAACAGAACAACUAUAUUUCGAAGCUCAAUAUUCCAAGUACAACAAGCUAACUUUCGAAUGGGAACUAUUUGGUCUAUGUGCCCGUCGUCUCGGUCACUACCCAGAAGCAGCCCGCGCUUUCCAAAGAGGCCUCUCACAAAGAUUCUCCGCCGAGUGUGCCAGGAGAUUGCUUGAGUACUGUGUUCAGGAGCGCCAGCGUGUAAGAAUACAGGCCAAUUCACCAACAACAGAUGCUACUUCCUCCGCAAUCAUGGCCCGCAUCAACGAGCUCGAUAACACUAUAAUUGACCUCGUCGUCAAGAUCUGCUGCUGGAACCACCGCUGGUACAUCGAAUUCUCCAUCAUCCUGCUCGACGCCCUCAGCGAAGCCGUUCAAGACAUGGGCCUGACCAAGAUCUCAAACGAAAUCUCUUCAAGAUUUUCCGAGUCCGUAUUUCAACUGGCAAAGGACAAUAUCCUCGACUUCUUCGCAAACUACACAAACAGCUACUACGACAACUAG